AUGUCCACUCUCCCAAUUAUCUGGAAGGGCGAUGCAGACCCCUUGGCCUAUGAAGAAGCGCGGGUAGGUCGAGUUUUCAACCUCCGGCGACCAGAGCGAUACCCCCUCGCGAUCGUGAAAGCUCGCGAGGCCGCCCACGUCGUCGAGGCGGUCAAAAUCGCCAUCGAGAAGGAAUGCCGCGUCUCGGUCCGCUCGGGCGGCCAUAGCUGGUCCGUGGCCAGCGUGCGAGAUAAUGCCAUCCUCGUGGAUUUCGGCGACUUUCAUGAACUCACUCUGGACGAAGACAUGGGCGUCGUGCAGGUGUCGCCUUCGACUACGUCGGCUGAGCUGAACGCGUUCCUCAAGCCUAAGGGCCGCAUGUUUGCUGGUGGGCAUUGCCCGGAUGUUGCAGUCGGUGGGUUCUUACUGCUUGGCGGCGUGGGGUGGAAUGCUCGGAACUGGGGUACGGCUUGUGAACAGGUCCUGGCCGUUGAUGUCGUCACCGCGGAUGGUCGCAUCGUGCGCGCCGAUGCCAACGACAACAGCGAGCUCUACUGGGCUGCUCGGGGAUGCGGGCCAGGGUUUCCGGGCAUCGUCACGAAAUAUCAUCUUCAGACAAGGCCACUUGUAAGGGCAAUGAGGUCGUCGCUGUAUGUCUACCCGACAACGAAAUACCGUGCUGUGUUCGAAUGGGUUCUCAAGCUCACACCGACAUUCGACGAAGAGACCGAGAUCGUGAUGAUCUCGACGCAUCCUCCCGGCAUGGAUGAACUGCACCUCAUGGUACUGUUCAUAAGCUUCAAAAACGACGAAGACACAGCCAAGCACGCUCUUCAACCAGCCGAAGACACCCUUCCCAGCAACCCCGUCCUCCACUGGUUCUGCCAGGAGACGGAUCUGGAGAAGGAAUACGUGGGCCAAGCGCACGCCAACCCGGCGGGACAUCGCUACCACUGUGAAAAUGCAUACAUCCGCGACGGAGAGGACGUUGUGUCGGUCCUGGAGAAAGCACUGACCACUUCACCGUCGAAGGAGACCUAUACAUUCUGGUAUCCCCUCGCACCCUGGAGCCGCCGUGAGCUUCCAGAUAUGGCGCUCAGCCUCCGUGCGGAUCAUUAUCUCGCCAUGUAUACAAUUUGCAAGGACGCAACGGGCGAUAAGGCUUGUCGAGAUUGGACUAAAAACAUUAUGGAUGAGAUGAAGAGAUACUCCAUUGGGGCAUACCUUGGGGAUAUUGAUUUGCAGAUUAGGACUACGAAGUUCUGGGGCGACGAGCAGGGAAGGAGGUUGAUGGAUAUACGGCGGAAGUGGGAUCCGCAAGGCGUGUUUUGCGGCUAUCUUGACAAGGGGGACCGGUCUGGCGUGGACGGGUUAGACAAUAAGCUAGACGGGUAA